AGAAGAAGAGCGAACGCGGGGCUCAUUUUCACAAUAACGACAUUGUGUUAAAAGUAUGCGGUGAGAAUACUAUUUCCAUUACGAUACGUUUAUUGGAGAUAUUUACGCAGCGGUGCAGGUUUUUAAACUACUUCCGCUACACAUGCGUCUCGUUUCCGUUCAGCUCAUUUUCAUGCUAGCCAGCUAGCUUCUCGCUAGUUUUCGUGACAACGUGAACGGAUCUGCGGGAGAUGUUUGCGUGACGCGAACAGGCAACUUGCGCCGCGUCGUCCUUUUUCCUGAGCACGAUGGCGACGACUCAGAGGGUGCUCCCGCAGAGCAAAGAGUCUCUGCUGCAGAACUACAACAAGAGGCUGAAGGACGACAUCCGGUCCAUCCUGGACAACUUAACAGAAAUGAUCAAAACGGCAAAGAUAGAGGAUGAGACGCAGGUGGCCAGAGCAACCCAAGCCGAGCAGGACCAUUACGAGAUGCACGUGAGAGCUGCCAACAUUGUCCGAGCCGGCGAGUCCCUGAUGAAGCUGGUGUCCGAUCUGAAGCAGUUCCUGAUUCUGAACGACUUUCCCUCGGUGAACGACGCCAUCAGCCUCCAGAACCAGCAGCUCCGCUCGCUGCAGGAGGAGUGUGACAAGAAACUCAUCUUGCUCCGCGACGAGAUCGCCAUCGACCUGUAUGAGCUCGAGGAAGAAUAUUACUCCUCCAGGUACAAGUAGGCUCAUACUUGCCCCCAUCCCACCACCCCUCUCUUGUCCCAUGCCCUGCACCAUGCACCGUCUCACAUUCACCACUCACUGCUGAGCCCAAGGAAGGGUUUAGUUCUUGCUGCAGCUAAAUCUGACCCUUCUGGGCUUGAAUGUAUCUCAUUGUCAUAUCCAGACAUUCACAUUCAUCCACAGAGAUCAUUGCCGAGGGUCAUUGUGAUGGAGAGCAUCUCGCUAAGUGACUUUAUUGAUUAGUAAGUGCCUUGAGUUUUUCUGCUCUGACGUUUGUCAUAAUUGGCCCAAUUUGAGGGGAUUUUCACAAUAAAGGGGAAUUCAACUGAAUAUAAGCUGUGUACAUGUAUCCCGCUCCUGAACUAUCACAGUUCAACAUGUCCCUUUUUGGUUUUCAAACUGCAUUGAGCUCUCGGAGGCCUUGAAUGGUGAUGGGAUACAUUUCAUAAUCGAGAAAAGAAAGUUUGGUCGUUGAUCGAGUCCAGAGUUUAUUUCUAAAUGCUUUCUAAAAGUGUUUGUCAGGCACAUGGGAGAAAAGCAUGGUUCAGUGAGAAGUGAGGCCUUUUUGUCGUGGUUAAUUCACUACAAAAAUAAUUUUAAUAGAAGUUAUAACCAGAGUUAAUCCAAAUCCAACAAAUUCAUGGAUGAAUUUUUAUAUAACUGUCAAAAGACGAAAGUGUUUCAAAACAAAGCUUUGUAGGGAAUUUCCUUUAGACGAAUUACACAUUGAAUCAGAGUAUAAGUACAUAUUUUACAGAUGUAUUAUUCAAUAUUAUUUAUAUGUAAUAUUCAAAUCAUGAACGUAAAGGUGACGACCUGAAUGGUUUUAUGGAUGCUUGGAUUAGACAUUCACAUUCGACACAACUCUUGCAGUUAUUUAUUUUAGGCAAAACCUGAAAGUUUCUCCAGUAGACCUUUUUGUUUUGGUAAAAGCAGUUCGGCUCUCGUGUUUAAAUGAUUCCGUCCUUCAGACCGCAAGUGACUGGAGCUGUCAUCGUGCAGGCAAUAUCGAUCGCGGGAUUGGUUGCACUUGUAUACCAGUUUGUCCCAGCUGUUCCAUUAGAAACCAGAAUGAUUAAGAAAUAAAGUAGACGAAACACUGCA